ACGAAAGAUAUUCACAAAACAAACUUGGAGAUCAAAUUUCCUUUAGUUUGUGUAAAUUACAAACCAAUUCAUCUCUGUGAUAUAAAGCUUUUCCAGAAGAUAUAUAUAAUGAACGGAGGAGCAUCGUGGGCUGACCAAUGGGACAAUAGCGCCAAAGGAGGUCGUAUUGGCGGUGGUGCCGUCGUCCAAAGCAGCGGAGGUGGUGCUGCAUCGAACUCGAACACUGCUAAGUAUAAGGAGAAACUGGGACAAGGUUUAGACAAGACAAAAGCUGUAGCUUCUUCUGGUUUAAAGAAGCUCAAGACUGGCUCUGCUAUGGGCUUUCGUUGGGUCAAAGACAAGUAUCACAAAACCACAAACAAACAUUAAACAUUUUCAAUCUUCUUGUAUAUUUUGAAAUAUUUCACUUGGUUUUCUUUGAUCAAAUACUUUGUGUUAGCUUGUUUGAUUAAAUGUUUUGUCUUAUGUGGUAGAUUGUAUGAACUUGCAUGUAUUUAUGUUAUUAAAUUGAUUUUUAAAGUAUAGAGUUUGAAGGUUAAA